AUGGCUGUAGAUCCAUCCAAGCUCACUCCAUACAGAAACACUCCAAAUGCGUCGAGUUCAUUGAGACAGAUCAGUGAAGAUGCCUUCUACGUUGUCAAUGAGGUCGUCAUCAAGAGAUUGGGCCACAUGCCCAUUGUUAAGGUAAGUUUAGGCAAUUUACAUUGUUUUUUUGAUGGUAUUAGGGCAUGAUUGUUUAGAUAAGGUUAGUAAGAAGAUUGGUCUAGGAUUUGAUUAGCUAUACAUUCAAAUUUUAAAAAGUUUAAGGUAGUUGCUCUUGAGUUAAAGCUAUGUUAAUGUGUUUUAUACUCAUUUUUUGGCCAAAAACGUCCUUUUUGGGAAGGAAAAAUGGAAUGUUUGAAUACGGAAGUGUUCUCUUUUGGCCAUAAAAGUGCGAGAAAUACGUAUUUGUCUUGUGGGUGUUUAUCGUAAGAAACGUAUGACUUUUUAUGAACGUUUGAGCAAAGGAAACAUGUUUAACACAGCAAAAGGUUAAGGAUAACAUGGAUAAUACUGAAAAUAUUCGAAGACAUGAAAUAUAAGGCAAAUUAGGCUAUGAAAAGGUAGUAAAUGUUAGAAGAUAAGAAUGUUUAAAAAUUUUUUUUUUAAAUUUGAAAAAAAUUUAAAUUUCAAAAUAAUUCAAAAAUUUAAAAAUAAUCGAUUUCCACCUAAAACAACAUUUCUUUUCAGGGAGAUCUCCACACCUUACCCUUCAAGGUCCAGCGGUUCAUCGCCGAGAAGGCCGAGCUGAUGCGUCCUCGUGGUAUCUACAUCUGUGACGGCUCCGAACACGAAGCUGAAGAGAUUACCCACAAGCUGAUCGAGCGUGGUAUGUUGACCGAAUUGAGCGCAUACGAAGGCAACUACUUGUGCCGUACCGACCCCAAAGAUGUAGCUAGAGUUGAGAGCAAAACAUGGAUCGUCACCAAGGAUAAGCAUACUGUGAGUUGGUGGUUUUUGGUUGAUAAUGGAGAGUAUGGCUUGGCUUGGUAUCAGGGUUACUUAUGGUUGGAAAUUUCGGGUUUGGAUGAUAUUUCUCUAGAUUUUGGAUAAAAGAUGUCAAAAUUAUUGCUUUUAUGCUUCAAAAACAUCAUUUUUACUUAUUUUUCUCUUUCAAAAACCUAACUCAACAUCAAUUACAGACCGUGACACGCACUCCAGAAGGUGUCGAACCCAUCAUGGGCCAUUGGAUGCCUCCAGAAGUCUUUGCCGACGAAUUGGACGCCAGAUUCCCGGGAUGUAUGGCCGGUCGUAUUAUGUAUGUGAUCCCCUUCUCGAUGGGUCCUUUGGGCUCUCCAUUGUCUAAGAUUGGUAUUCAAUUGACCGAUGCGAACUACGUGGUACUGUCGAUGAGAAUCAUGACCCGUGUCACACCACAGCUGUGGGAAAUUUUGGGAGAAGGCGACUUUGUCAGAUGUAUCCACUCGGUCGGUCUGCCAAGACCUGUUAAGCGUGAGUUUUUAGAUUUUAUGAAUUUUUGGGGAACUUACGUUAAGGAGAUUUAAAAAAUUUUGAUUUUGCAAGAAAUUUUGGUCGUUUUCAUUCAAGUUUUAAUGUAUUAUGACCCCAUUUAACCCUUGUUUACAAUCCUUUUUGAUCAAUUUUGUUUACGAAUAGCUAUAUCACAAAAGAGAUCAUUAUGGUUACAAUAAUUGGUGAUUAUUAUCACUUUUUCUUAAGCAAACAUCUAUGAUAAUAUCAGUUUUUUAAGAAAACAUGAUGAUAAAUGUUUGUGUAUCACCAAAAUUAGUUGUCAAUACUUUUUUGACAAAAAAAAACUGCUUGAUUACCAACAUUUUUGACAAAAAAUUGAUAUUGAAUGCCUUUUUGUAAACGUUAUCAAUGUGUUCAGCUGAGAAACAGAGAAGUUGUUUGUGUUUUUUAGUCUUAUCAUUGUUAGCCUUGAAAACAACAAAUGUCCUUGGGGUUUUUGAUAAUUAAUGAUAAGAAAUUACAUUGUUUAUACUUUUUAGACUAUCAUUUUUUGGGUUUUCAAGGCUGUAAAUGUUUUUUGGACCUUCUGAAUCCUUUAAAAUCCUUCUUUUGGGCAUUCAAAUUCCAUUUUUAAACAUUCAGAGUUUUUUAACUGACUUUGCCUAGAUACACGUACAUUUUUAUUUCAGAAAAGGUCAUCAACCACUGGCCAUGCAACCCCGAAAAAGUACUUAUCGCUCACCGACCAGUCGAACGUGAAAUCUGGUCCUUUGGCUCAGGCUAUGGUGGCAACUCGCUCCUUGGAAAGAAGUGUUUCGCCCUCAGAAUCGCCUCAAACAUUGCCCGCGACGAGGGAUGGAUGGCCGAACAUAUGUUGAUCAUGGGCGUUACUCGACCAAACGGCAAGGAACACUUCAUCGCCGCCGCCUUCCCAUCGGCCUGUGGCAAAACCAACUUGGCCAUGCUUCAACCAACCCUCCCCGGAUGGAAGGUCAGAUGUGUUGGUGACGACAUUGCGUGGAUGAAGUUUGGCGAAGACGGCCGUCUCUACGCCAUCAACCCAGAAGCCGGCUUCUUUGGCGUGGCUCCAGGCACUUCGGAGAAGACCAACCCAAUGGCCAUGGCCACUUUCCAAAAGAACUCGAUCUUCACCAACGUCGCCGAAACCGACAAAGGCGAGUACUACUGGGAGGGUUUGGAAGACGAGAUCAAGGACAAGGACGUCCAAAUCACCGAUUGGCUGGGCAACCCAUGGAAGUUGGGCGACCCCACCCCUGCCGCUCACCCCAACUCGAGAUUCUGUGCCCCAGCCUCACAGUGCCCAAUCAUCCACCCCGACUGGGAAUCCCCCAACGGUGUGCCAAUCGAAGCCAUCGUCUUUGGCGGCCGUCGUCCAACUGGUGUGCCAUUGAUCUACGAGGCCUUUGACUGGGAGCACGGUGUCUUCACCGGAGCCUGCUUGAAGUCUGAAGCUACUGCCGCUGCUGAACACACUGGUAAGUUGAAUUUUUUGUUAGUUUAGGUAAUAUUAAGGAAAGAAGGUGAAAAUAUGUAGUUUUAAAAUUUUGAAUUUAUAUUGUGAAAUUUUAGGCAAGAAACUGCUCUGGGACCCCAUGGCCGCCCGUCCCUUCAUGGGCUACAACUUUGGCCAUUACCUCCAACACUGGCUGGACAUGAAGCAGCCAGGCCGCCAAAUGCCCAAGAUCUUCCACGUGAACUGGUUCCGCAAGGAUCAGAACAACAAGUUCUUGUGGCCCGGAUUCGGAGACAACAUCCGUGUCAUCGACUGGAUCAUCCGCCGUCUGGAUGGCGAACAAGGCAUUGGAAUUGACACCGCUGUCGGUGUGGUACCCAAGCACGACAGUCUGAACUUGGACGGCCUCGGCGACAUCAACAUGGAAGAGCUGAUGAGUCUGCCACCCGAGUACUGGAAGGACGACGCCAAGGCGGUCAGAAAGUUCUUGGAAGAACAAGUUGGUCCCGAUCUCCCGGAAAUCCUCAGGAAGAAGCUCGACGAACAGGAGAAGAGAAUCGAAAGCCUCUAA